AAAAAACACAAAAAACAAACAGUUCUAUUUGUGUUAAUAAGGUGAAUAAAUAAAAUUUAUAUUUCAAAAGAGUUUGCAAAUGCUCAGAUUAGAUAAAAGAUGGCUGAUAAGAUUGUUAAAGCUUUUGAGGCUUUGAGAAAUCAUUAUCUCCAAGAACCAACACAUACUCUUACUCAAGUCCAAACUUCAGAAAGUGAUGGAGCUGUAAUUAAAAAAAAGGAUGCACUGUUAAGUGUACGAGAAAGAAUCAGCCAUUGCAACACAAUAGCAGAUUUCCUACCAUUGUCUAGUGUAAAGGAUAUCAGUGAUUUUCCUCGUUUGUUUACUUUGGCUAUUGAAUUGCUCUUGAUAUGUUGUGAUGACAAUGAAGCAGAUGUGCGACUCUUAGCUGGUGAAUGUCUCAACAAAAUAAUGAAGGGUUUUCUUCAUUCAAAUAUUGGAAGAAUCCAGGUUGAACUUUAUAAAGAAAUAAAAAAGAAUGGUUCAAGUCGCUCACUGCGAGCUGCAAUGCAAAGGUUUGGGGACACUUGCUAUUUGAUUCAUCCAAACAAGUGCAGACCGUAUGUUGCAAACCUAUUACCUUGUAUUGUAAAGAUUGCAAAGCGAGAAGAUGAUGCAAUUCAGGAAACUCUAGGUGUUAUGAUGAGCAAGCUGUGUCCAGUUAUCGGGAAGUUCAUGAAUGAAGAUGAUGUAAAAAUUUUGAUGAAGAAUUUUUUGCCAAACAUAAAGUCUAUGUCUGCAUCACUACGCCGUACUGCUGUAGGUGUUUUAGACUGUCUUUGUGAAAACUCUAGGAAACCAACACAUUUUUACAGCUGGCUUAUUAGCAUGUUGUUAGGAAUGGUCACACCUCUAACGUCCAGUAUGCCAUCUAAUACUAUUCUUGGAGUAUUGUUAUGUUUUCGUGGCAUUCUUCCAAAUCUUAGUGAUUCUGCUCAGCUAAAGCUUAAUUAUACUGAUCCUGUAAUAGAGAAAGCAAAACAUGCAGCUAAUUUUAGUAAAGACAGAGUACUUGAAAAAAAACAGUUUUUGCAGAUUUAUGAAGUAACUAUGUUUUGUACAAAACAUGGUGAUCACAAUAUUGUUACUGCUGCUCUGGAAACAUUGAAUCAAAUUUUGUUAUGUCAAGCCAAGUUUUUAACAUCGAUAUUACUUUCUCCUACAGGCAUAGCUGCUACUAUAACAGGUCAACUACCUGAUUUAUUAGAUGAAUCUUUAUCUUCAAGCCAAAUGGGAGAUUCUGGAUUGUCUAAUGAUUUAUAUAGUUUAUCAUCAUCAACCAGUGAUAUUUUUAACAGCAAAAAAUCAGAUGAUGAUAUUGCAGAAUCAAGUUUAGAACCAAGCGUUAACAAUUUAUGGGAAGUUCCCAAGAUUGAUUAUUUUUCAAAUAUAAUGAUUACAGAUAAAAAUGAUUUUGUAUCAACUGAAUCCAUUUCAUCUUAUAAUCUUGAUGUUCCUAAUGACUCUGAAGGAGGUUUGGAUUUACCUCGAACAUAUACUCAAGGAAGUAUGGUUAACAUUGAGUCUCAUACCGAUGGCUAUGUUACUGAUCAAAGUUUUGGUAUUGAUAGUCAAGAUGAUCUUUCUAGUUGCACGUUUGAAGAUCCACGUCAAAAAGAUUUGCUUAAUAAAGAUUCUUUUGUUGCUUUACAAUCGCUAUUUAAUUUUGACCCUGUGUCAUGCACUGGUGUUCCAGCUUUGCAUUGUGUUCGCGUUAUGUGUUCUUUUUUGCUUCAAGGAAAACCAGGUUGUGUAUUACCAGAUAAUCAAACUAGAGUUAGUGUCAAAGCUUUGGCUUUAAGUUGUAUUUGCUCAGCUUUGAAAAUAUUUCCUGAAGCUUUUGUUGCUAAGGCGUUGCCAGACGACAUUGAUUUUAGUAAUGGUCAAUUGGUUAGGGACAUCAUGCUAUUUAGUACUCACGAUGAUCCACAUCUAAGAGGAUUAGUUGCAGCUAUUGUAUCAAGUUUUAUAUGUUGUACAGUUAAACAGGCUGGUGGAGAAUUUACAAAUUGGAUUGAUAAAGUUACAACCUUUUACGAAACAGAUUUACUUGAUUUAAAACAAGUCAUCAAUGUGUUGUUAGUAAUCCUAAAUGAUGAAUCUGCGACAGCUGUAAAACAAUGUUGUCAAGCAAUUUCACAAUGUAUUCAUGCUAUACUAGAAUCUACUUGUAAUUUACUGGGUUAUGAACUAGUGUGGAAGCUGUUAGAUCAUUCUAGUUCAACAUAUUGGCUAGUGAAGGUUGAAAUUAUGGAAAUCUUUCAAGUUCUUAACUACCCAUUGCUGCAUAUUCUUCAAAAUUCUUGGGUGCAUUUGAAGUCUAUUCCAAGGAUAAAUGUAAAACAUGCCAGUAUCCAAGAUCAAGUUAUUGAUGUUCUUUUAAAGCUUUUGGGUGAUGAAGAUCCAAGAGUAAGAAGCAAAGCUGCAUCAGCUCUAGUUAAUGUUGUACCAAAAUUGUAUUGCCCUAAUGAGAUAAAUAUCUGCUGCCUGCCCAGCCUAUCUGUCCAUGUAUUAAACAACAAGAACUCAAUUCACACUAAUCUUACUUACUUAUUACGAAAGCUUAUGCUGCAUCAAAAGAAGUUCUCCUUGAAAUAUGUGCAGCUUGGCUGUUUAGAGUGUUUUUACUUGCUUUCUAUUUCUUACCCUGUUUCUCUACAUCCAUUUUCGUGGGAGAUGCUACCUGGUUACUCAGUGAAAGAAAGUCAAUCAAGCAAUAACUUUCGUAAAAAACUUGAUUUUUCAGAAGUUCAAAAAAGUUCACUGGGUUUGUUGGUUUUCACACUUGAUCAACUUUCUUCAUCAUGGAUCGGUUUAGAUCUUGUUGCACAUGAGCAAGCUUUAAAGUUAUCUGUUCACUUAUUAUGUGGAGCAAGCAAAAGGUAUUUGAAUGACAAAGCACAACUAUCUAAGGAACACAACCAAUCCAAUUUGCUUGAUACAGCCGUUGGAGAGAAUAUGUGGUCAUCACUUGGCAAUGCAGAGCUAACAUCGUGUGCGCAAAAAUUGUUUCUACAUUUAUUAAAAUUGUUUUCAAUUUUGCUGCAUGUUAUUGAACAAAUUAACCCACUUAUUCUAAAGAACAAAGAUAAAGUUCCAGAUAGCGUUUCUUCACCUCAACAGCCUUUAACAACUGGUGUAACACCAACUUCAAAUUCUCCUCGUAAAUUUAGUAUUGUAAAAUCAGCUACAAAAAAACAAGAAGCAGAAUCUGAAAAGUUGAAAGCUAGUGAAAAAGAUCCUAACUUACCUAACUUAAAAGAUCCUAACUUUCCUAACUUAAACCAUGAUUCAAAAGUUACAUCACCUUAUACUCAUGUCUUUGACAAAAAUGAGAAACUUGGGUUUUUCCAAAGUUCUCCGCACUUUAUGAACAUUUACGUGAUGCUGAAAGGUGUUUUUAAAAAUUAUCAAGUUUCACCUGUUUCAUCUUCAUUGGAUAAGUUUACUUCGUUUGUAAAAAGCGUUUUGGAAACAUUUAGUAUGCUUUUGGAGCUAGCUACAUUUGUUGAAUUAGGGCCUUAUGUUGAAGAAAUUCUUGAGUAUAUUAAAACAACUGUUUUGGUAGAUGAAGAAGCAUCAUUUUUAGCACUUCAACAGCUAUUAAAAGGUUUGUUUGGUACAAAUGCAGCUAAUCAACCAGAAACAUUUAAACUCCCUGAAAGUACACAACAGUUGGUAAAGUAUCACGGUGAUCCCACAUACUUUUAUGAAGAAAAUAACUUCUCUAAUUCUCUAGAAUAUGAGACAGAGGAUGUUUUUGAAUCAUGCUUUUUAGUUCCCUAUAACCAUGUUUAUGAAUCAUUAAAACGUGUGCCACAAGUGGUUGAAAAUAGAUCAAGAGCUGUAAGUUUUUUGAAAUCAUUUAAAAAUCCAUUUACUGCAAAUAGACCUUUGGAUAAGGUUAGCAAAGAGAAGAUGUCUUCAAUUCAGUCUUAUAUUCGCAUGUUUGAGCCGCUUGUUAUUCGUGCCUUAAAAUCAUACACAACCACCAGUAGCACUUCUUUGCAGUGCCAGACAAUACAUCUUAUUGAUCAAUUAAUAAGAUUGCGUGUAAAUUACUCAUUGCUUGAUAGUGAUCAAGUUUUUAUAGGCUAUGUUUUGAAGCAGUUUGAACUUGUUGAGCAAGGUCAAAUUAGAAAUCCGGAACUUUUUAUUCCAACUGUAUUUCAAUUCUUAGUUCUUCUUUCAUAUGAAUGUUUUCAACCUAAAUUUACACAAGCCAAAGCUAUUAUUGGGAUGCCACGUAUAAUGCGUCUUUGUGAUAGUGUGAUGGCAUGUGGUCAGCCUGUUCAUUUAUAUGCAAUUCCUGCAUUGAAACCUAUUGUUCAAGACUUAUUUGGAUCUUCAAGUCAAGUUAGAUCAGACAGUGGUAAAGAUUUAGACAUUCAACGAGAAGUUGUGGUAUCCAUGUUGCUCAGAGUUAUACACUACCCACAAGUACUUACUAUGUUGAGACAUGUCCUAAUUAAUUCAAAAGCAGAUGAUGAGAGAUGGAAACGAUUAUCUAGACAAAUAAUUGAUACUCUUUUACCAAGUCUUGCUAAGUUGGAGUUAACAGUUGAUACCUUAUCAGACUUAUACUUGCUUUUUGACCUAUUUGAUUCUGUUGCUCCUUUGGCUCUUCGACCUGCUGAUAUCAUUCUGAAGUCAAUGUUUACUUUAACUACCCCGACAACAUGCCAGGAAGAGAUACGAAUGAUUGCUGCUGUAAUUUCCCUUCUUAGAACUUUAAUAAUGCAAAAUAGUGAAGAAAUCAUAUUAUCACAUAUUCCAUCAUUUGAUACUUCUCAAACAUUAUUUAGUGGUGUUUUAGAUCAAGAGAAAAUUGCAGGAAGCAGUAUAGACAGUGAUACAGCUGCAACAAACUAUCUUGCUGCUUUUCUUCUUAACAUACUGAGCAUGGCUAUUAAUAAUGUAUGCCAACGCUAUGGUGAAGUUACAAUAUACAAUACACAUGUUUCUUUACUUGUUCAAACCCUUCGUGUCUUUCUUUCUCUUUUAACUUAUAUCGGAAAAUCAGGCUCAUUCAAAAAGCUUACAUCUGUACUCCUUUCUUUGUUGGUUUUAUCAAAAACUCCAAAUACUUCAAGCUUACAUAUCCAACUUACAAUGAAACUAUCAGGAAUUAAAUCAUUGGAACCUCAACUAUUCCUUUUAUGGGUUUAUUUUAUUCAUUCAUUAGGUUUAAUGAACUUUGAUUUUUGGAUGCAGUGCAUGAAUCAUACAAAAGAAAAACAUUAUUGUACAUGGAAAUUCGACUUAAUUGACCAAGCCACAUUUUUAUUGCAUUGUGAUUUAAUGACUGCGAAGUUAAAGGAAAUGAAAGUUGUUCAGUUUUCCUCAGUAAACACUUUUUUAACAAAUAAUGCAUCUAAUUUGUUGCUUAACCUUCGUGAGCGUCCUGUGAAACAGCUUAUUGAUUUUAUUCUUCGAAAUACUGCUCUUUCUCAAUGUUUGCUUUCCAUGUUAUCUGAUGCAGUAUCUACCAUAAUGGAAAAGCAUCUAAUUAUGAAAUCUCUUCUGGUUCUAUUAGAACAUGUGGAAUUGGGUUUAUCAGCAAAUGUUAUUUAUUUUCUUUUAUCUUUGUUGCCUUCUAUUAAAAUAUAUGGACUUGCAAGAAAAGCAGAAACACUAGCCUGUAGAAGAAUGGAAUACCUUCAAUCACUAGAUGAUCAGGAUUACAAACUUCCUAUAGAAAAUUUGGAAAAAUUUUCUGAUGUUGCUAUCCAUAACAAAAGAUAUCCGAGGCUUUGCUCAUUAAUUAAAAGAGUGACAAAACAAAAAGUAUCAGAAAAGAUAGUUUCUCAUCCUUUAGACUUAGUGGCUGUGGAUUUAAAGAAGUUUUCUAUUGAUGAGAAUUGGAUGGUUGAUUUUGUACAAAAGCUUUGUUUUUGUGACCCAGGAAAUGAACAAGAAGCCGUUUGUAGUAUUUAUUUGUUGAGUUCUUUGAAAAAUCAGGUUGCAAAUGGUAUCUUAGAAAAUCAGAAAUUUAGUGUGGUCUUGUUAGAGACACUAUUAAGGGAAACAAGUUUUCGAGAUGUUCGAAAGAGUAAAAAAAGUGAUUUAGAGCUUUCAUACUCAUAUGAGUACUCUCAAAUCUUACCUCCAGAAAACCAGGAUUAUCUUUUUACCUCAGCAAAGACUAGCUUAAUAAAGCAUAUCAAAUGUUUUUUAGAUGAUCUGAGACUUUUUGUGGAACAUGAUUCUUUUCAAUAUGUCUCAUACAAUGUGAACUUUCUUAAAAAUAGUUUAUCAGAUAAGAAUUUGUUGACAAAGUAUCAGUAUCUUGUUAGAUGUGUACUUCAGAUUUUGUAUCCAUCUUGCUAUUUUAAUCAGCCAUCUUAUUUAACAAAGGAGGACAUAUCAAAGAUAUUAGAGCUUGUUUUGGUAUAUCCUUAUGUUUGUAUGCUCCAAGUUGAAACGAAUAAAAUUUGUGUAACUUCAAUUCAACAAUGUUUUCAUUCUUUUGGUUUGGUUUUAAACUGUCAAGAAUUUUUUGAAGCAUUGAGUCAGCAGGUUUAUGCUUUAAUAAUUUCUCAAUCAAUAUGCAGAAUUCAUCUUCUUGUUAAAUACUUAAUUUUAAGACCUGGAAAAGAUCUUGUAAAACUUCCUGAAAUGAUGAAUGGAAACUUAUUACCAUUGAACUCAGCGUUAUAUGAUGCAGCUAAAAAGGUAUCAGAGUUGGUAGAAAGUAUAAAAGAAAUCCUUUUAUUGGAAAAAUCAACUUUACCAUCCUUUUUUUCUAAGCAUUUGAUUGUAACAAUAACUGGUUUAGCUAGAAUUCCUAUUGUUAAUAGUUAUGCACGUAUUCCUCCUAUUGUUUGGAAAUUUGGAUGGAAACCUAGUUUAGAAGGGGAUUUAAAAACAGAGCUUCCUCCUCUUCCAGUAGAAAUAUUGAAAGAAAAAGAUGUUUUAAAAGAAUUUGUUUUUAGAGUAAAUUAUAUAGGUUGGAGUUCUAGAAUGCAGUUUGAAGAAACUUGGGCUGCACUUUUAGGUGUACUUAGCUCACCACCUAUGCUUGAAAAUGUAUCAACUGAAGAAGAUAUUGAAAUGGCUCAAGCAAGUUGUUUGGCAGUUCAUUGUAUUACAUCUUUAAUCUUGGAUACUACUCUAGCUCCAGUACCAGGAAAUUCCUCGAUAAGUCAAUACUCAGUUCUGCAUAGACUACGUGAUUAUCCAUUUUUAGGAAGCAAGCCUGGAAUUAAAUUAACAACUGUCCUAAGUGAAAUAGAGCUUGUUACUCGGUAUCUUUCAUCAGAUUCAUACUUUGUUAAACAGAUAUUGUAUCCAGUGAUCCCUAAUCUGUUGUCUAUCAGACAGAGAAAGCAACAACUCUAUCAUGGUUGCAUGCUGAUUGGAAAGCUUUUUUUUUCAAAUUUAGAAUUUCCUUUGCAACAUCAUGGCUAUAAAAUGGGACAAAUAUCUGCAUCUGCAAUCAGAACUCGUCUUAUAACUUCUGAUGUGGUAGAAGAUACUGACAGUGAUGAUAGUGAUUCUCUUAUAAUUAGAGUAAAAGAAAAGUCUGUUCCAGAUAUUCAUAGGAAGCUUGAUGAGUUAGAUAUUCGGUCAUGCUUGCAAUUUUUGUUGGAGCUGUUUGAGCAGUGGCUUUCUCCAUAUGCUGUUCCUAAAACACCUCUCAUGCUUAAGAUGGAAGCUAUGAAAUCUUUGUGUGUUUUAUCUGACCUAUUGCUGGAAAUGAGUCACUUUGAAUGGAUUCUUGGAAUUUUGAUGGAAUUUUCUCAAAACCAUCCUUCAGAAGAUGAUAUCAUUUUGGAAUAUCUAGUUCCGACAGUUUGCAAAGCAUUGGCUGUUCUAAAACUAGAAGGAAAUACUGCAGAAAGAAUAGUUAAGCUUAUUGAACUUUGUCUCAGAAGCCCUCAUGUUCCCUUGCAGAUUUCUUGCAUGGUUGGAUCACUGUAUAUUCUAGAAUCACAAGUUCAAACAACUAAUGUUCUGCUUACCCCUAUUCUUACAGAUUAUAUCACAAAAAAGAUGACAUCAUUACUUGAAGUUACUUAUGUGGUAAAUGAAAGGUUUGCUAUGACAUUUUGGAGUUUAUGUUUUUUUCUAAUAGAAAACUGUUCUUCAGAAAUCAGUGAUUCUCACUUUGCAACUCUAGUGUUUGAGAGUGCGAGUGGUGAACUCUGUAAAGUUGACGACUUAAAUACCCCUGAAGUCAAUUGCUUACUUUUUCGUGGUCUCGAGAGGCUAGCAGUUUCGUUUUCUUUAACUAAUACCGAAUCUGAACGGCUUGCUAAAUUGUCUGCUCAAUGUAUUGUAAAUGGAACGACGGGAAAAUGUCUCCCUGCAUUAAGUCUGUUAUGCGCAUGCAUGUACACAGGAAAAAAUGCAGAAUAUGCAUCAGUGUUAACAAAUAUUGACGUUGGUGAUGCUUCUAUUGAAUCUCGUUUAAUAAUGAUGGAAAGAAUUAACGUCCUACUGGCGAGAAUUAGGAAGGGUCAAAUCAGCGAAGCCACUCUCUUGGCAAACAUUCUACCUAGAAUUUUACUAGAUUUUCUUCCAGUGCAAGAGGUUAUGAACAAACUCAUCAGCGAGUUUUUGUCUAGUCAGCAACCAAGACCAGAGCUCAUUGCAAAAAUUUUUUACAAGGUGUCAGACAUUCUACAAAAGGAAGGAAAUGAGGUGACCGUCAGAGAUUGGGUGUUUUUAUGUAUCGCCAGCUUUGUUCAAAGAACACCUUUGGCAAUGGCUGUUUGGAGUUUAACGUGUUUCUUUAUUUGCGCCUCCUCAAAUCCUUGGCUAAAAUCUCUUUUCCCAUAUGUUGUGUUAAAUAAAGGAAGAUUGGAAGAAGCAGAUAAAGAAAUAUUUUACAUUGCUGCGCUAGAUUUUUACACGGCUCAGAAACUGGACUCAGCGCAGAGAAAACAGUUUUUUCAAUUCUUUAAUGGCAAAAUAGACAAUCCUGCGUCACCUUACGUUCGACUUCUAGCUUGUUGCACGGAAGUCCAAGCUCUAGAAAAAUUAAAAAAGUAAUGCAUGUUAAAUACAAAUGCAUUAAAAUAGGCAUAUUGAAACGUAUAUUUAACCAAUUAAAGUUUUUUUAAAUAUUUAUAAUCAAGUUUUUUUGCGCAUUUCGGAAACAUUUUGUUACAACUUCUAUAUACUUUUUUUGUUUGUUUGAAUCACUUUUUUUUUUUUUUUUUUU